CAAUAGGAACAAUAAAUUAAAUAAACCUUUUUUGUUUUUUAAUUUUUAAAAAAGAGAGUAUUUUAUUAGCAGUUGCCAGCCACCUAGCUAGCUGGUGAUGCCUUUGAGUUGCAUAUAAACCAACACAGACACAGACACUUAGUUAAUUAAUUAAUGAAUCUCCCCAGCGUGAUCUUCUUCCUCGGCUCAGCCUGUCUAGGCUUCCUUUACCUGUCCAAAUGCGUUGCGAAUGUCCUGAUAUGGACAUGGACGAUGUUUUUGAGGCCUGCCAAGGAUCUGAGACGAGAGUACGGCUCCUGGGCAGUGAUCACCGGCUGCACCGAUGGCAUCGGAAAAGCUCUUGCUUUCGAACUGGCAUCCAAAGGCCUCAACCUGCUGCUUGUCGGCCGAAACCCAUCCAAGCUACAACAGGUGUCCCACCAAAUAUUACUCCAACACAGCACCAAACAGCAGCAGCUUAGUGUAAAAACUGUUGUGAUCGACUUGGGUAGGUGCAGCGGGGAGGAGAUCCUGAGGAAGAUGGAGGAUGAGACAAGGGGUUUGGAUGUAGGAAUCUUGGUGAACAACGCAGGUAUGUCUUAUCCAUACGCAAAGUAUUUCCACGAGGUGGACGAGGAGGUGAUGGAGGGCGUGGUGAGAGUGAACGUGGAAGCCCUAACCUGGCUCACAAAGGCACUCAUCCCUCGCAUGGUGGAAAAGAAGAAGGGAGCUGUUGUCAACAUUGGAUCUGCCUCAACAACCGCUGUUUCUUCCUUCCCUCUUUACACCCUUUACGCUGCUUCCAAAGGGUAUGUGGGAAUGCUGUCAAGAUCCAUUGGAUUGGAAUACAAGCAGUAUGGAAUAGAUGUACAGUGCCAGAUUCCAUUGUUGGUGGCAACUAAGAUGUCAAGGAUAAAGAAAGCUACGUUGUUCUGUCCGAGCGCAGAAACAUACGGCAAAGCCAGCGUGAGGUGGAUUGGGCACGCACACCCGGCGUGCAUCCCCUAUUGGCCUCACGCCUUGCAGGCCUUUUUCUUGUCUUUGCUGCCUGUGUCGUUGCUUGACUACUGUCUGUUUACAUACUUCAAUGAGAUGCGGCAUAGAUGCCUCGCAAAGGAUCGAUGAUUCUAACAAAAUUCCACGCAAAAUUGUCCUGAUCAGUGAUAUAAUCAUCCGUGUGCUAUUGGGUAUGACUUGUUUUCUUACCAACAUUUCAAACAUAUCUUCAUACAUUCUGUUGCUUCGGAUAAGUAGUCAAUAAUUGAGAAAUUCAAGUAAGUGCUGUAUUUUGAAAAUCAAAGAAAAGAUGCAAAGGUUGUUCUUUUUUUCAUAUUAAAUUGGUAAAUGUCCAUCCUUAAUUGUGGGAUAUUUUUGCAAUAAUGAUGGGUAGGUACCAAUCAAACUCUAGUAAUGGAAUGAAAGUAGUGACAUUAGAAUUUGG